AUAAGGGAGGAUUUGGGCGUGACAUGUUUCCUCCCUCCUUCCUCCUGCUGCUAUGUAAGGAUCAGAGAGAGCGUGAGCUGUGCACAGAGCAGGUACUGAGCGCAGAGAGAGCUGACAUUCUUGUUCCCUGAACUGCGAAAAGAAGUGAUCAAAGCAUUGAUCUGUAUCUACAGACUCCCACCGAGGACAAGACGGUAAUAACAGACUCCCACCAAGGACCAGACGGUAAUAACAGACUCCCACCGCUGACCAGACGGUAAUAACAGACUCCCACCGCUGACCAGACGGCAACAUGUCACAGACCAAAGGCACAGUGGUCCUGGCGUACAGUGGGGGCUUGGACACAUCCUGUAUUCUGGUUUGGCUGAAGGAAGAAGGAUAUGAUGUAGUUGCUUAUCUGGCAAAUAUAGGGCAAAAUGAAGACUUUGAGGAAGCACGGAAGAAGGCUUUGAAGCUGGGAGCUAAAAAGGUUUACAUUGAGGAUGUUCGUAAAGAAUUUGUAGAGGAAUUUAUCUGGCCAGCAGUCCAAGCCAACGCCAUCUAUGAAGACCGCUACCCGCUGGGCACAUCACUGGCACGGCCCUGCAUUGCCAAGAAGCAAGUGGAAAUUGCUAAGAAAGAAGGGGCAAAAUAUGUUUCCCAUGGGGCCACUGGCAAGGGGAAUGACCAGAUUCGCUUUGAGCUGACUUGCUACUCCCUGCACCCCGAGAUCAAGAUCAUUGCUCCGUGGAGGAUGCCAGAGUUUUAUAACCGGUUCAAGGGCCGAAGUGACCUGAUGGAUUACGCUAAGAAACAUGGCAUUCCUGUUCCUGUAACCCCAAAAAAUCCAUGGAGCAUGGAUGAGAACAUUAUGCACAUCAGCUACGAGGCUGGGAUCUUGGAGAACCCUAAGAACCAUGCACCACCUACCAUUUUUACUAAAACCAAGGACCCCAGCACCUCUACCAGUACCCCGGACAUCUUGGAAAUUGAAUUUAAGAAGGGUGUCCCCGUGCAGGUUACUAAUAUAAAAGACGGAACACGACACCAGUCGGCUCUGGAACUGUUCAUCUAUCUGAAUGAGAUUGCAGGGAAACAUGGAGUUGGCAGGAUCGAUAUAGUGGAGAACCGAUACAUCGGCAUUAAGUCACGUGGUAUCUACGAAACGCCGGCUGGAACGAUUCUGCGCCACGCUCACUUAGACAUUGAGACGUUUACUAUGGACCGAGAAGUGCGCAAAAUAAAGCAACAGUUGUCACUUAGUUUUUCUGAACAAGUCUACAAUGGCUUCUGGUACAGCCCAGAGUGCGAGUAUGUGCGCAGCUGUAUCGCCAAGUCGCAGGAGCUGGUAGAGGGCAAAGUCCAGGUGUCUGUGCUGAAGGGGCAAGUGUACAUACUGGGCAGAGAGGCGCCAAAUUCCCUGUACAACGAGGAGUUGGUCAGUAUGGAUGUGCAAGGAGAUUACGAGCCUGCCGAUGCUUCUGGGUUCAUCAAAAUCAACUCUGUUCGGUUAAAAGAGUUCCAGCGUGUGCGCAGGAAGUGCACUUCUCACACAAUGUAACGGAGCAGCGACAUCUCCUUUCUGUCGCAUUACCACAUACGCUGCCUUCUCCGAGGACAUUAAUUCAGCUGUGUAAUUGUUAGACGGUGCGCUCAGGUUAGCAGCAGCUGUUGCUCUCUUUUUUAUAUGAGAUGAUGCUCUGUUGUAGGUGAAAUGGAUAAAACUUAUUGCAAACAUUUGUAGACUGUUAAUAGAAAAUAAAUACAAUUACUGUGUACAACUUUA